CGUUGCUGACAGAAUGCCGGGGACUGUUUGUUUUCCUUGUGAGCAAAACGUAAACAGUGCUGCCCAUCUGUUCAGUAGUUUUCCACCAAAGAGAAUAGCAUUUAAUAUUUUCCGCUCUAUUAAGCCAUUCUGAGUCCAAAACAUCUCACCAGCUUCGCCAUGAAGCUGAACGAACAUCUGCAGAUUGUCGGCAACAACGUCAUUUUAGUACCAUACGAAAGCAAACACGUUGAGAAAUAUCACCGAUGGAUGCAGAGUGAAGAACUGCAGCAGCUAACCGCAUCAGAGCCACUGACCCUCGAACAGGAAUACCAAAUGCAGCAAAGCUGGCGUAACGAUGAAGAUAAGUGUACCUUUCUCGUCCUCGAUCGCGAACGCUUCGAACGGACACGGGACGAAAUUGAAGCGCUCGUCGGUGACACCAACAUUUUCAUCCAAUCCAGCACCGAGCCGGACGCCGAACCGUCCGAUCGAUUGCUGGGUGAAAUAGAAAUCAUGAUCGCUGAACCAUCGGCCCGCGGGAAACGCUUCGGCUGGGAGGCGACACUCUUGAUGCUCCUGUUCGGCGUGGAACAUUUGCACCUGCGACAGUACAUCGCCAUCACGAAGGACACGAACGAGCGUGCGAUGCGAAUGUUCGAACGGAUGCAAUUUCGCGAAACCAAGCGUACGCCCGUGUUUCAGGAAGUUAGCUUCGGCCGACCUGUGGAGGAGGAUUGGAUUGCGUGGCUUCGACGCGCGGUAGGAUCGUACACGAUCGCACCCUAUCCGAAAGAGGAGAAUAUUCUUUAAAAUUACCCACUUCCAGCGUGACGUUGUGGUGCGUGUGUGUGUGUUUUACUUCAAGAUGGAGAAGUAUAACAUUUAUUUAACUCUCUCGUCUUUACUGUGUUCUACAGUCUCCAAACGGGUCGUCUAAAGACAAUCCUGAUCGUCCUACCGUCUCCGUUCGCUCAUGACCCUGUGUGUGUGUACGACUUUUCCUAAUAUUUAGCUAUUUUUGGCAGAUUAUUGUAGUUCGUUCGUUCGUUUUUUUGUCUGUUAUUCUUGUCGAAGAGUGGCUUUUGCUUUGCUUGAUUUUCCAUUCUCUCCCUACACGCUUAUGUAUAAUAUUAUUACGAUGCUUUAGUUCCGCGCACCACGCACGAACGGCCACCAAGCUAUCCCCCGCCACAGAGUGCGGCAUUUUAAAUCAUUUUUCACCAUAAAAAUUGUACAAAUUAGUAGCCAGCAAACUUGACGGGGGGCGGCGACGAUUCAUUCGAGCGCUUGUGUGACCGUUUUAAAUCUCUGUGGCAGUAUUGAUUUCAUUGUUGCAUUUCGAUUACGGUUACGGCGGUAUCAACCGUUCAUCCAUCGGUUGUGGUUGGUUGGUUGAUGCUUCGCCAAUUAUCCACUUUCCCUACACUUGGGUUUGGUUUUUACACUUCUUCGUCAAUAAAACAAAGAGUUUGAGCACGACAGUUUUUCUGGAGUUGUUUUUUGUUUGUCUCUCUUGUGUGUGUGUGAUAAGAAAUCGUAUUAUAAAGAGCAAAAAAAACACACACGCUUCAAACCCGGCGCUGAACACUAAGGUUAACGUAGGCAGGGGAGAGGAGGUCCUUAGUGCUAGCCCGCGCAAUACAAAACUACGUACACGCGCCGCCAAUAGCGUUUGGCCAAUUGCUUCUGAACUGUUUCGCGGGGCACGGAGUUGCCUCUCCCCCACUUUCAACUCUUCAAUUUUUAAUGUUGCCUAUCUAAUAUGCGCUUAUGGCGAAUGCCGGUAAGCAAAAAUGUACUUCUAAAUUUGAUUUGUUUUCACUAUCUUUUGCUCCUCGGUUUUUUGAACAUUUUCGCUUUCGUUCUGCUUCACAAGGACGUACUGCUAAUAUCGUACGAAGCAGAAACGGAAACGUAUGCGUGUUGUGUCUGGUGCUAUCGUCCACGACUUGCUCUUCCCUGACCGCUUUUUUACGUUAUUUGUUCUUGCGCUAUUAUAAAUUGUUUGCAUAAAAUGCGUGCUUUCUCUGUGUGUGUGUGUGUGUGUGCAUCUGUGCGCUUUAAGCAGAAGGAGAAAGUUAAAUAGAGCGGGCCACACGAAACGCUAAACUCCUUUGCUGGGUAGCAAUCUGCAGA